AUGAUUUCUCAAUAUGGAUUAAUAUUCAAAACUGAACUCACUCUAAACAACCUCGUGUGUGUUGUAGCUCCGUUUCGAGUGGUUCCACAGAACUUGUCGGUGGAUCUGGGAGCAACCGUCUAUCAGGCUUGUCAGCCAUCGAUUAAACCCGAUUUCAUCAACUGCAUCUCCAGCAAGACUUCUGAUCCGCGGUACAAGAUCUACAUGAGCCAAGAAGACCAGGAAGCCGGUAUCUCAGUCUGCUACCUCGUUGUGCGUCUGGUUGAAGACAAGGACUCCGGCGUGUGGACGUGCAAAUCCAGCCAUCCCGACUCCAACAUUCACGAGGUCUCCUCUCGAGUGCUUGUCUAUGACAGGAAUAUGCACCUGAAUGUAUUCCUUCAGAAUGGCACUCUUCUGCAAGACAGAGAUACUGUGAGGGCUGUUUGUUCUGCUCGCGGUAGCCGUCGACCACCCAGUCUACGCCUCAUGUUCGGCGGUGAACCGAUAGCUACGUCUGAACCAAUAAAAAAGAUCGAAAAAACGGGUGAAUUCAACGUCUCUGUGACUGCUGAUCUUGCGUUGAACUGGAAGAGUCACCUGCGUCUACUAACCUGCCACGCGGACAUCGGCGACUUCAAGAAUGUAAGGCAGACCUUCCUGGUCGUCCAUCUGGGUACGUUGGCCAACGAUAACUCACGAAAUUACAUAUUUCAUUUGCGUCGUGUCCUUGGGAGUGAUCCGGACAAACUGGAUGCCUUUUUUGGAAUAACAUCACCAGACGAAGCUCCAGAAAGGCAGCAAAAGGGGACUCAGACGUCUGUGAACUCUUCGGCUUCGCUCCUCCACCCACCGCAGGCUCCUAGCGAGUUUAUAAUUUACCUAGACGAGUCGAGAGAUGUCGCGGUGAUUACAUGCGAGGUCAGCUUACCAUCGAAAGACCACUCGGUGCACCUCCUGUGUCCACUGGUGCCAAACACGAGUCUCUGCUUUGAAAAUUGUCGACGCGUUUGCUCCCUUCCAGACUGCACCGACAAGCCACGACUCUUUUUGGUUGAGUGCGUUGAAGACUUGUUUGUGAGGGACAUGUACAAUAUCUGGAAGUUCCGAUACAUCAUCGAUCGGCGUGACGUGGCCGUUGAAGGCACCUGGGGCUGUUUCCACGCGGGGAAGUCUACGGAGACCGUGAACGUCACCGCUGCGUUGACCACCACCACGACGGAGUUGAACAGACCAGGAACUACCCCCACGCCCCAUGGCAGGUCUGGUUCCCUGUCACCUUGGCUGAGCUCCAUCAGUGGACGCUUGAAUUCCCGUGAAAUGCUCAAGGGAAAGAGAGACGGUGAAGGUGAUCUGCCAGUUGCUACGCAACCCCACGACGAUCCGAGAAAUGAGGAGUUUAAAAAGACGCUAAUCACGGUCCUCGUCAUCUCCCUCGUAAUCUCCGUCACAGUCAACCUUGUCUGCGUGUUCCUUUCAUCCUGCAGAAAACGAAGACCGAAGCCAGAAGUGCGUUUUUGUGAAAUCAAGCAAAAUGUUGAGCAGAUUCCCUCGCCCCAGUCAACACUCAAGACGGUGCACAUCACGUCGAAUGGACCCAGGUGGGAUGGUGUGCGAUCCACUGCUGGUCGCCAGCACAUCCAACCCUACUGGCAUUGUGAGGAUCGGAAGCGGGAUGCAAGCGAACAGGUGGUGAAUCUGACACCUCCCUCUAACAGUAAUGACGUGUUCUUUCGGGUACACCCCAAAACUGUCGCGGCACCAUCAGCUGCACAGGCGCUGUCAUCUGCCCACACCUGCCACUACCUGAUGCCUCAGUACAAGGCGACUACCGGCCACCCCAGCACGUCAUCGUCGCAGCCCUACAAAACCGUCAUUCUCCAGUCCGUGCCACUCACCGCAGACAUCAACGACGUCGACGCGACCAACCUACUGGUGACCUCGUCUGCCAACGCGCUCGACUACGCCACGCUGACUCAGCCCGGGCGCGGCGGUGGCACCAACUGCGUGCUCUUCGCCAACACCACGUCCGCCGAUUUCAACGCAGACGACGUCGGCCAACACGACGCCGCCUCGAUGUGUACAGAACACAACGCCUUUGUGUGA